AUGUUUGGCACUCUCCAGUUCAACCAUUCCGCAAACGCAGGGCCCACCUUCGUCGAGCGAGCAGACGGCGCUGCAUUCAGUGCCCUGGGCAACAACGUCCUACAGCACACGGCGUGCGACCAGUGCCGCCAGAAGAAGCUUCGCUGCACGGGGCGCAAGACGGGCUGUGAGCGCUGCAAGGCAUGUUCUACAGAGUGUACUUAUACUCAGCUUUUUGGAAGCAACGUGCGGCGCAAGGACCGCAAGCGGACGGCCCGACAGAAUGAUGCUGCCGCGCAGUCGACAUCACCUGAGCAGCAGUCCGAAUCGGAUGCUAUGCAGAGCACCGUCGUCGUCAACAGCAGAAACUCCCCUAGCGUUUCGGUGCAGGGGGGAAAUAGCGGCGAUGAAAACGGUAGCAAUUCGUCUGUUGAUCCUUUGGCGAGCGAUAUCUCGCAUCCGACGGAUGCAACGCUCCUAGAAGAUGCGGCCAUGAGCAGCAACACUUCGGGAGAUGAAUUCGUAUUCUUUGAUUUGGACCCCUCCACUUUUGACCUGCCAGAGUCCAAUUCCUUGCCAGAUUUUCACUGGUCACCGUAUAGUAUACCUGGUAUUCCUUCACCGCGCAGCACACAGCCCGACGCUUUCGGUUUCUUGGAUUCUCGCACUUCAACAGCCUCGACAGCUACACGCAUGCUCAGCCAUCCCAUCAAUGUCAGCAACAGUACCUGUGCCAGCCGAUGUCUCAAGGUCAUGAACUCACUGCUCGAGGAGCUUGAAACUCGCAUGCACGACAUGAGGCCCUGCAAAGCCGAUGUUGCGCUCUCUUUUCAAAAGCAAUCAUGCAUCCAGUGCACCCAGGUAAUCCGCUGCAAGAGCUGCUACACCGACCCAGACGCCAUGCUGUUUCUUACCAUGAUCUGCGAUAAGCUUAUCAUGCUCAACAAGAAGAUUCUCUGGUACAUGAGGGAGGGCACCAGUGUAGAGCAGCAGCUGCUGGUGGGUGAGUAUGAAGUGGACCAGACUGAAGAAUGGGGGAGUAUGUUGCAACUCCUUACGGUGGUGCAGCUACGGAAGAUCAAGGCGCUGGUGGAUGAUAUUGAGAGAAGUCCAGCAAUUGAAGGGAGACACGCUCAGCUUAUAAUGCUAAAGAGUGUAAAGCAGCAGGUCAUUGCACUUUUGGGGAGAAUUAGAGAGGCGUUGUUCAAGGUUGUUGAUGAGCCAUAGACAAGCUGGAUAGAAAGAAUCCAAGACCUGAAAAGACGAGACAAUUUAGACAGA